AUGCGAGUCCUCGAAGUCGGUAGUGGUGCGGGUGAUGUUGCCCUUACCCUCGCUGAACUUGUCGGUCCUGAAGGGUGGGUUGUCGGUGUGGAUCUCAAUCCCGCAAUUCUUGAAACGGCACGCCAGCGGGCAACAGACGCAGGCAUCCAGAACGUUGAAUUCGUUGCCGGUGAUGCGCGAACGCUGGCUUUUACGGACAAAUUUGAUGCUAUUGUCGGACGAUUUGUGUUGAUGUAUAUGGUGGAUCCUGGGAAAGCAUUCGCUCAGCUCAUAACGCAUUUAAAACCGGGCGGCAUCGCCGCAUUCCAGGAGCCAGAAUACACGCUUUAUCCCGCGUUCUUACAUCCGGAUACACCUCUCAUGAACCAACUCAUUAAGUGGAUUUUGGAUGUGUUUGAACAUUCAGGAGCACAUCUUGACACGGGCAUUGGGCUUUAUCGCGCUUUUGUUGACGCAGACAUCUCAGGAGGCAGCAACCCCACUCCCCCGCUGGCGAGGUUUCUAACCUCGCCUCUUCACAAUGUCCAACAGUGGAGCCAUCAGUCCGAAGAGAGGCACGAAAAUUUGAAUCCUUAUGAACUCCUCCUUAUCAUUACUCCCGACCACGAUGAAAAGGAAGCUGAGGCUCUUACGAAUCAAGUAAAGGGCAUUAUCGAAGGUGGCGGGACUCUCCUGAAAGUUGAUCCCUGGGGGAAAAAACGACUCGCUUAUCCUAUCCGGAAACGGAGUGAAGGGUAUUAUGUGCUCUACAUUUUUGAGUGCGCAUCGAGUUUUGUCGCGGAAUUAAAUCAAUCCCUGCAGGUCAUUGAAGCGAUUUUGCGGUAUAUGCUCGUCCAAUACGAGGAUGAUAUUGAUAAGUUGAAAGCCGAACUAACCGCUGAAGGAACCGAGGUCGAAGAAUCAACGUCAGAUGAGGAUUCGACACCGGAUGAAGAAUUGACAUCGGAUGAGGAACCAGCGUCGGAUGAUAAUGCAGAGGCUGAAGAUACAACAGAUAAUGACGCAGAGGCUGAAGAUACAGCAGCGUCUGCCUGA